AUGUUACGGCAGAGAUCCGGGUGGAGUGUCGGAAUUCGUGCGACGGUACGACGGUUGACGACAAAAAGUGCACCGAAAAAUGAAAUCAAGUAUACCAGCACUAUUUACCUACCGAAAACCAAAUUCGCCGCUCGGUUAAGUGCGGAAAAACGAGCCGAAGUCGAGGGACAACUGCGUAAGAAUUGCCUCAAUGAAUUAUACUGCUGGAACCGGGGUGCUCUACCGGCGGAAAGAGAAUUUACAUUACAUGACGGCCCGCCGUACGCCAACGGGGAUCUGCAUAUGGGCCAUGCGGUCAACAAAAUUUUAAAGGAUCUUAUAUUGAAACACAAAAUCAUCAGCGGCACUAGGGUCCAUUAUGUGCCCGGUUGGGAUUGUCACGGGUUGCCAAUAGAAUUGAAAGCACUGGAAGCGUUUAAUCGAAAAAAAUCCAAAACAUCGGAAAAAGACCAGAAUUCGGUUUUUCACAUCCGCGAAACUGCCAGGCGAUUUGCUCUUGACACCAUCACUAAACAGAAAAGCGCAUUCGAAUCCUGGGGAAUCACUGGCGCGUGGAACGAUUCAGUCCAAGGGUAUUAUCGUACACUGGAUCCCUCGUACAUACGCAGUCAGUUGCGUUUGUUUCAUGAACUAUAUCAGCGGAAGCUGAUCUAUCGCGAUCUGAAACCAGUGUAUUGGUCGCCCUCGUCUCAAUCAGCACUUGCUGAAGCGGAGCUGGAAUACGAUGAAGCCCAUAAAAGCCCAUCCCUAUAUUUAAAACUUACGCUUGAAAACAGUGGCUCCCGUUGCGCUGCUAUCGAGCAACUGCGGCUAAAUGGAUCUGAUGUAUAUGCCGUGGUAUGGACUACAACUCCCUGGACCUUACCUGCAAAUCAGGCAAUUUGUUACAAUCCUGCUUUGGAAUACAGCUUAGUGCGGUCGUCAUCAGGUGACGUUUUACUCAUAGGAAAGGAUCUCACAGAUUACCUAGCACAACAGCUAGAAACGACAUUAUCCGUACUGCAGACGAUUCCAGGGACUGAGCUGCACUCGUUAAGAUAUCAUCACCCUUUGCAACCGGCGGAACUAUUGCCUUUUUUGCCUGCCGCACACGUUAAAGCAGAAAAAGGUACGGGACUUGUACACACCGCUCCGGCCCAUGGGCCAGAAGACUUUUUGGUUUGCUUGGAACAACAGAUACCCGUGAAGAGUCUCAUCGACGAACACGGGCUUUACAACGAAGAUGCUCCCCAAUUCUUGGUCAGAAAGUAUGCACUAACUGAGGGAAACGAGAUGGUAACGAAGAAGUUGGCGAACGCAACCUUGAAGCUGAGUACGAUAGAACAUUCGUACCCAAUCGAUUGGCGUACAAAGCAACCGGUCAUGUUGCGUGCCAGCAAUCAGUGGUUCAUCAACACAAACACGCUUAAACAGGAAGCUUUGGAUGCAGUUAAAACAGUGGAAAUUUAUCCACGAACUUCAUCCGAGGUGAGCAAGAAAGUGUUGGAAGGGCAGCUUCGAAAACGUCCCUACUGGUGCAUUUCUCGUCAGCGUGCAUGGGGCGUACCGAUACCGGUGCUGUAUGAUACCGUGACCAAGCAACCGAUCGUACACAAACUUUUGCUGGAUGCGAUCGAAGAACGUCUGCUGAAAGAAUCGACCAUGGAUUUCUGGUGGACAGCUCCUUUGGAAGAACUAGUCUCCGCUGAAAUGUUAAACCAGCUUGGUACCAGCUACGACAAGCUAGAGAAAGGACAAGACAUACUCGAUAUCUGGUUCGAUUCCGGGGUGUCAUGGUUGACGGUACUGGGAAAAGAUCGGGUGGCCGACCUGUACUUGGAGGGUGUCGAUCAGUUUACCGGGUGGUUCCAAUCGUCGUUGCUGACCAGUGUAGCGGCUCGCGGUAAGGCACCCUACAAUGCCAUUUUCGUACACGGAUUUGCCGUAGAUGAAAACGGCAUGAAAAUGUCCAAAUCCCUUGGUAACGUGAUAUGUCCCAAGCAAAUCGUCCAACGGUACGGUUGCGAUGCGCUGCGUUGGUGGGUUUGUUGCCAUGCCAUACAAAAUACGUCCAUCCCCGUCAGCCAUAAGCUGCUUGGAUCGUCGGCAGAGAGCGUUCAAAAGUUGCGCGGAAUUUUAAAAUUUCUGCUGGGCAUCGUAGCACCGGAUGGAGCCGACAGCGUCAAGACAAACACGAUAGAGAAGAGUUUGUUGUGCCACGUAGAUCGGUAUUAUUUGGGACAAUUGGAAGAGUUCCAUCGGCAAGUGUUUGAGCUGUACGAAUCGUACCAGCACAACAGAGCAACGGCUGUGAUUCUUAACUUCUGUAUAUCGACACUAUCUGGGCUGUAUCUGCACGUGAUCAAGGAUAGACUGUACUGUGGCUCCAAGGAAGAGCAUAACAAUUUAAGAGCAAUUCUCGACCGGACGUACCGUGUUGUUUCGAAAGUUCUAUGGCCAAUUAUUCCAUUCUUGGUGGAAGAAAGCUGGACGUACUAUGAUCGUGAUCAAUUUUACAAAUCCGCUCACCACAUUUCAAACACAACGCAAGUUCCUGCGGCGCAAACAGUGACUGCCAUUGAGUGUGCACUCGAUCUUCGGCACGCCGUUUAUCAGCAAGCGCAACUAAACGUCAACACCUGGCUUUUGGAGCUUGCAGUAGAAUGUACCGGAAGUGAUCUCGCACUGUUGACUUUGCUGCAUCCGAAACUGGACCAGCGCGAGUGUGAAACGGAACUCUGCGAAAUGUUGCAGGUCGGUUCCGUGGUUCUCCGCGAAGGUUCGUCGAGUAAUAACCGCUUCGCUAUAACGGUCACCAAAUCUGAUCAACCGCUUUGUCAGCGAUGCCGAAGAUUCUUGCUCGUAAAUCUUGACGGUGAUUGUGCUGGCCCCACAUGUGCACGUUGCAAUGCAAUUCUUAACAAGCAACCAGGGCAAUGAAUUCGAUCGAGUGUUCGGAUGUGAAUAAUAACGGGCUAACGGUCGGGAAUGAUUCUCGUAAAAAAC